AUGGAGAUGGAAUCUGACGAUGAUACCCUGCGCGAGCUCGCAGCUGGCAAUUCUAUGGACUACUCAGCAUGGCCGCUCCUGCUCAGCACCAUUAUAUCGCGUCUCGACAAGAUCGCAAAGAACGACUUUCCCAUCCCACGAAUCCCCGAACCAGCCUCCCCAGUAGCUCCCUCCCCCCAGGAGCCACGCUUCCUCGCCCCUCUCCCCUCCUCCGACGCCCUUGAGCCACCGCCAUCAUCAGCUCCGAACGAGGGAACCAGCUCGUCAGACUCGUCACAAGAGACCAACAAGGAGAAUGCCGCCCCCACACCGCCCACCUCCGCCCCGGCGCCAACUCCCACUCCCGCUCCCGCCGCCGCGGCCACAUCAGCCCCCGAGCCCGGCACGCUCCCGCCCCAGAUCGUCGCCAUGAUCGCCGAGAUUAACGGCGUCCUCAACGAGUCCUUCCACACCUACCCGCCCCACACCAUCCAGCGGCUCGCCGAGCUGGUGCUACGGCCGAGGCAGCACUACAAAUCGCUGCCGUCAUAUCUGCACGCCGUGGACAGGGUCGUCCACGUCACCAGCGGCAACAACACCUACCCCUUACCGCCUGCCAUCCCAGACAUGUCGUCCAUGUCGCUGGGCGGGCCCAACGGCGUCAUGGACCAGGGCCAGCCGCAGGAGAACGGGUCGGACACGUCCAUGGCCUGGGUCAGCACGAGCAACGGCAACGCCAUUGGCAGCGACGAGGCCCUAGGCGGUGCUCUGCUGACACCAAUCCCGUGGCUUCAGAGGCGGUCGAGUGGGAACCGGGACGGCGAUGGCGGGUCCGAGUCCGGGGAGUCGUCCACGCUGGGCUCGGACGGCGGGCCAUCGCCCCUGGCAGCAAACCAGGGCACGGCAUCGUCACAGAGGAGCUCUUCGCAGCAGUCCUCGAGGCAGUUCGAGACCCGCACCGAGAGCACAGAGACGAUAGACGGGCCCAACGGCGUCGGUAGCAUCGAGACGGUCUCCAUUUCUGUCAACGGCAUACCGCCCAUGGGCUCGGCCGCCCAGCAGCGUGUCAUCACCCAGGGCGAGCUCAUCCGACAGGAGCAAAGGGCCGGAGUCGUGCCCGUCAGCCAGCUGCAGCGGUCUGGGCCGGUCGUCGUCACCUCGUCGGAAGCUUCGACGACCACGGCGACUGACGACGGUUCCCCAGCAGCAGACGCCGCCGUCAACGACACCGCUAUGGGCGAGGGUGAAGGCGAGGGCGAGGGCGAACCUCCCAAAGACACCAGUAGCGAGAAGUCGGACGAGGAAAUGCCCGACGAGGAGGAAGCACCACAUGCCCGCGGGCCAGACAUCAUCGGCGCAGCAGACAUGGGCCCGCAGGCGCCGACCUCCAGCAGCUUCAGCCUCAGCACCGGUGGGAACAUGGAGGUCCGCGGGAUCGACGUCGAGGCCGCCGUGGGGCGCAAGCACGAGGCGCAAACCGCAGCCACCGCCGCCGCAGAUGAGGCGCCCGACUCGAGCGACGACGGCGCGGCCAUCAUGACGCCCGCCUCGUCCGAGGAGGGCGGGGAGGCCAAGACCGCCGAGCAGUCUGCGGACAAGGGCAAGGACGCCGAGAAGACAGCCGACGAAAUGGUUGAGACGACAUGCGGCCCGCUUCCCGGGCCCGCUAGCCCGACGCCGUCGAAGCGCGGCGCGGAGGACGACGCGGACUCGGAACACGAAGGCAGCAGCAGCCACAAGCGGCUGAAGGAGGACGCUGGCGACGGCGAGGGUCCCGAGCCCGAGGUGAAGGGUUCUUCCGCCGGGGAGAAGGAGACAGAGACAUCGCCGGCAGCGGACAAGGACGGGGCACAGGACGGGGCGGGUAAGGAUGACGCCGCUCCGUCAGACCGUACGUCGCCCGCUGGCGAGGACGGCGGCUCCGGUACCGCCACCACGGAGAAGAAGGAGGGCGAGGCCGAGGGUAAGGAUGACAAGGAGGCAGAGAAACAGGAGGGCACCACCGACACCGGCGAGGACCCGACGGCCUAG